AUGACUUGGGACUAUUAUUAACGCUUAGUUAUGAAAAAAUUUUGUGCCCUUAAAGCUCUAUAAUAGAUUUCGUUUUUUUAUCCAUUUAUAGUCUUUGGAAUUAAAUAAUAAAUGAAAAUGUUAUUUUAGUAUUAAAUGUAAGAAAUGAUUAAGCCUAUCGAUAUUUAUAUAUAUAAAAUUGAAAUUGAUAGAUAAUUCAUACAAAUAAUACUAACCAGUUUAAUUGCUCGUUAACUUAUUUAUAUUAAUAAGUGAAUUCUUGAAUCAUAGAUUUUUUGCAUUAUCAAGCUUAUAAGGACUCAAUAUAAAACAAUGUCAGAUGAACAAAUCAUUGAAUAUUAACAUUCAAUUGCUGCUAAAGUAAUAAACGACUUCCUAAUUUAGAUUUAAUUCUAGUGUUAGUUAUAUAGAUAUGCUUGUAUUGCUAAAUCAAGUAAUAGUAACUUGCUCGUAGUUUCUCCAUUAGAUGAAAUUUAAAAGUAUAUUUAUUUUUAGUCCAUCACCAUCAGAGCAACCAAAGUUGAAGAAUCAAUUAUAAGAGUUUAACAAGAUUAUAUUUUAGAACUUAAUCUAGUAAAAUUGCUCAUUAAAAAUGAACUUGAUUAAAGUUAGUUUUUACUAAAAAAUUAAAACUUAUAAGUCUUUUUGGGCAAUCAAUUAGAUAUGAGAAAUAUUAGCAAUUAGAUUCUAUGUUUGACCAAUAAUUUAAUAAAAUUCUUCACAAAAUUUUAUUGUGAAUUAUAAUUAAAAAAUCUUCUGAAUUUAUAUUAUUUUUUUAUUUAAUACAUAUUAAUGAUGAUUCUAACUGGUAAACGAAAAUCGGAAAAAAUAAUCUCAAAAUCAUUAAGGCCUUCCUUAUUUUUAAAUGAAUUCGAUUUAUCGUCCAUGCUCUAAACAACUUCAGUGAAAACAGAAUCUAGUAUUAACCCAAUUUCAAAAAGAGAAGCAUAACAAAUUCAAAAUUCAUUAAGUGUGUUUCCUUAAAAUACUUACUGUUACCUUAAAUUGAGGAGAAAUUUGUUCUAAAAUCAAAGGAAGUUAAUUUUUCUAAAGAAAAAAGAGAAUCAUAAUUAUUAAAAAUGUGGCAUCAGAAUAACUAUUACAAUAAUCAAAGCCUGA